AUGCGACAGACGCAUCCGGUCUCGGGGAGGGCUGUUGCCCUUGGUACCAAUUACCACAGAAUGCGAUCCUCGUUUUUGGCAUGCGAUCGCGUAUUACAGAACCCUAGCCUUCUCCUGUGUACCUCUUGGUCUACAGGGCCGAACCGUGAGUGCCCACUGAAAACAAGCGUGGAGGCUUUUCUCGUCACGGCGCUUCGCGUACUUCAUCGAUUAUCACUUCCGUCUUCCUCGGGCGUUUGCGAGUUUCCCUUCUUGUCUUUCUACGCGAAUCUUCGUUCCCUGUUUGGCGAGUGCCCUCCCCUUUCUUUCUCAGAAUGGCACGGCUCGUGCGUCCGAGUCGAAAUCUCGACACUGAUUCGUCCUCCUGAUCGUGGGGAGUCCCCAUUUUCCUUCACCAUCGUCCUCUCUCCAACCGAUUACAACUCAUGCUCCCCCUUCAUUUGUCGCCCUGCCUUUUCCUCCUCUUCUCCUUUUCGCUACUUUCUAAAUUCUAACAAAGUUCCAUCUUGUCACUACAAUCGAGGAUCCAUUUUUUUUCUUUGUUGUAAGUUAUUGAUAACGUCCACCUUUCCUCGCUGGUCGGUUGACAACAGGCCUACGCCUUGA